AAUCUCCAGAAAAUCAAAUCUUCAUUUUCUCUCUCCUCUUACCUGCGAGUCGAGCUUUGAAGAUCUUCAUCAUCUUCUUCAAUUCUCCAGAAAAAAAACCCCAAAUUUCUAUCCGUUUAAAUUCAAAUUCUUUGAAAGUUAUCGAAUUAAUUUUACGAUUUUGUCAAAAAAAAAAAAAAUUAAAUUCAGAUGAUUGUGAGGACGUACGGGCGGCGGAAGAUCGGGAGAACGUAUUCAGAUUUAUCGUUAAACGACGAAUUACUGAUGGAAGAAGAGGUUUUUGAAGGAGAAGAAGAAGACCCUUUUGCUUUUACGGAAACGACAACGACGGCAUCAACCUCGUACUCGCAGAAAUUCCAAGAAAGCCCUCAAGAAUUCGGGAGUUUCACGUUUUCAUCCCAAGAUUCGACUCGCUGGGUCAACUCGGAGGGUGAGAAUAACAGCAAUAACAGCUCAUCAGCGGCGGCGUUACAGCUGUUGGCGCCGGGAAAUGGGAGGAGAGAGAAAGCGAGGAGGUUGAAUGAUGGGAAGAGAGAGAGGGAGUGGGAGAGGAGAGAGACACCAAUAUCAAAAACGAUAACGACGACGUUGAUGGAGACGCAAGAGUAUGGGGAGAUGAUGGAGUGUGUGGAUGAAGUGGAUUUUGCUUUGGAUGGGUUGAGGAAAGGGCAAGGGGUUAGGGUUCGGAGGGCGAGUUUGUUGUCUUUGUUGAAUGUUUGUGGUUCACCUCAACAACGCCGCCUCCUUAAAGCUCAAGGCAUGGCGAAGACAAUUAUUGAUUCCAUCUUGGAUUUGAGCCUUGACGAUUCACCGAGCAAUUUGGCUGCUGCCACUCUGUUUUAUAUUUUAACAAGUGAUGGUCAGGACAGUUACCUUCUGGAUUCAUUUCCAUCAGUUCGGUUUCUAUUGAAGUUGUUGAAACCAACAGUUACUGAAACUAUUCCUGAUAAAGCACCAAGCAUCAGCCAGAAACUUCUUGCGCUGCGGAAGGAUAUGCUUCUGUCGCAGGAUACCAAAAAAAGGACGGAUUCAAGCUCCGCUACAAUAAUCCAAAAAGUCCUGGAGACUCUUGUUAGUUGUAAGGAUUUGAAGGCUAGCAAUGUGGAGAAUGAUGACAUAUCAAGGCCGGAGUUGAAUCCAAACUGGAUAUCUUUGUUGACUAUUGAAAAGGCUUGCUUGUCAACAAUAUCUAUUGAAGAUACCUCUGGCUUCGUAAGGAAAACAGGUGGAAACUUCAAGGAAAAAAUACGAGUGCUGGGAGGACUUGAUGCAGUUUUUGAGCUUGCACUAAAUUAUCAUUCGAAUUUGGAGGGUUCAAUUGAGCAUGUUACAGCAGCUUCAAUAAGGAAGUUGAAAGAUGGCAAGCUACAAAGUCUUCCACAGCUUUUUAAGUGCUUAAAAAUCAUGGAGAAUUCUACAUUUUUAAGCAAGGAAAAUCAGAGUCACUUGCUUGGACUAAAAGGAAAUUUGGCUGCUGGUCAAGGCUCUUCUUUAUCCUUUGUAAAACUCAUGAUUAGUUUUAUCAAGAUUCUCUCAGAACUGUCAUUACUGAGAACUUCAUCCACAAACUCUAGUCCUGAAAUGCCUACAAAUCGUUCAAAUGGGUCGGAUCAUUGUCGUGAGUUAUGUUUGAAGGCUGAACGAAAAGUGGAUAGCAAUGGGGUUUCCUCCUUGCGUUCUUCUCAAGAAUGUAGUAGCUCGGGAAGAUGCUCCUCAGAUACAGGUUUUAGUACAUCACAGAGCAGCGAGCGGUUGUCUGGCUUCCAGUUAUCAUCAAAUUCUGGAGCUACAACAGGGUUUGGGGUGGGAAAUUGCUUGAUAGAGAAAGCAGCCAGCUCCUCUGGAUCUGGUUCAUGCAGUUUCACAUCAAAAAGUUCUAAUGUUGGAGCACCUGCGAAUGGUCAUAGUUCAAAGACAAAGCUGCCUCUUGCGAAAAGCCCAUAUGAUAUUGACGACGUGUUUAUAGAUCUAGAUGACAAUCAGGAUCCAUUUGCAUUUGAUGAAGAGGACCUUGCACCCUCUAAGUGGGAAACACUACGUGGGAGACAUAGAGGACCAUGUAAACAGAAAAGAAGGCCAGCAUCUAGAAAUGCUGACAAUGAAUGUUUCUCCCUGCCAAUGUUGAGUCUGGAAGAAUCUCUUUCUCAGCCAAUGUUGAACCAAGAAGACUUUUGCAAUGCUGAACAAAACGAUGGAGAUCGUAUUUCAAGUGAUACUUCGUGCACAACUGCUAUUAGCGAAGAAAACUCCAGCCUUGUUGCUGAUUGCCUGCUGACUGCUAUCAAGGUACUCAUGAACCUGACAAAUGAUAAUGCUGUUGGCUGUCAGCAAAUUGCUGCUUGUGGUGGGCUUGAAACACUCUCGUCUUUGAUAGCAAGAAAUUUUCCCUCAUUUAGUCUUUUCACCUCUGGUGAGAGAAAAGAGAAAACCUUGUUCACUGGUGCAGUCUUGGAACUUGAAAGUCAAACAGAUAUACAUCUCAAUGACCAAGAGUUGGACUUUCUUGUUACAAUUUUGGGCUUGCUAGUUAACAUGGUGGAGAAUAAUGGUGAAAACAGAUCACGGCUUGCAGCUGCUGAGGUUUCAGUACAUUACUCGGGUCGGUUGCCUGAAGUUAAUACAGGGGUGAUACCGCUAUUAUGUUCCAUCUUUUUGGCCAACAGAGGAGCUGGUGAGGCAGCCGAAGAAGAACUUCAGUCAUGGGAUGCUGAGGAAGUGGUCUUGCAAGGGGAGAAAGAAGCUGAAAAAAUGAUUGUUGAAGCAUAUGCAGCGCUGUUGCUUGCAUUUCUCUCCACUGAGAGCAAAAGCAUACGCAAAGCUAUUGCAAAUUAUCUACCGGAUCACAGCGUGAAAGUACUUGUACCCGUGCUGGAGAGAUUUGUGACGUUUCAUCUUGACUUGUUUUCUAUCUUUUUCUUCAGACGUUUCAUAUGACAUUGAACAUGAUCUCACCAGAGACCCAUAAAACCGUGAGUGAAGUAAUCGAAUCAUGUAAACUGCCUUGAAAAAGCAAAAGAAGAGGGUUGUGUACAGGUUUCCCCUGCUUAUAUUGGUCGAUUUAUACGGAGUAUCUUCUAGUCUUAGUUACCUACAUGGCAAUAGAUUCCACUCAUCCACAUUCUUAGGGUUCAUCAACGCCAAUAUAGCACAAAUGAAAAUAUCUGACGUUUGAUGGUCUGUCAACCGAGGUUGAAAUUGUAGUUUGUUAUUUAGUCAAAUUAGCUUCACUGUUUUUGUUUUUGUAUUUGUAAUUGUUUUAUUUUACACUGAAUGUCUUAGCUCCAUAUCCCACCUUGUUUUAAGGACGAGGAUAAUAGCUGAUAAUGUAUACGGAGAUAUUGGCAAUGCCUGUAAUCAAAAGUUGUAAUGUAUAAUUGUGCUCGUA